AAAAGCCUCUCCGCUCGAUCUGAAAAUCAUUCCCACUUCAUACAUCCAUCGAGGAUCAUCACACCUCCUUAACAUUUUUUAUUAUUAAAAUAAUAUGAAAUCGUUCGUAGUUCUGUCAGCCCUUGUGGCCCUUUCCUGCGCUGCACCUCAAUUCAACUACCCUCAGCAACCACAGUACCAAGGACAAAUCAUCCCGAUCCUCAGACAAAACCAGGAAAUUAACCCUGAUGGUUCAUACCAAUGGAGUUAUGAAACCGGCAAUGGCAUCGCAGCUCAAGAACAAGGUUAUCUGAAAAACGCUGGAAUCAAGGAUGCUGAAGCCCAGGUCGCCCAGGGCUCCUUCUCAUACACCUCACCCGAAGGCAUCCCAAUCGCUUUAACCUACGUUGCUGAUGAGAACGGUUUCCGCGCUGAAGGAGCUCAUUUACCCACUCCCCCCCCAAUUCCAGCAGCUAUCGCGCGCGCCCUUCAAUACAUCCAAUCCCAACCCCAACAACCUCAACCAGCCUUCCAAGCCCAACCCUUCCGAGGUUAAAAACCAACACUCCCAGCUGACUGUAACGAAAGAUGGACAACGAAAUGCUAACGAUGACUCGAUACCUUUAGUUUAAGUGUUACUGUGAUGUAAUUAUAGUUUAAGGUAUUUACUAGAUUUACAAAUACAUACGAGAU